AUUCACUGGGACACUCCAGAGGCGCAAGGCAGAGGUUCCGAGAACCGAGCGAGGAGAGGCAGCCGGCCCUUCCGAGGAGUUAUGGAUGUUGGUGCAUUCACUUCUGGCCAGAUCCGCGCCCCGAGGGAGCUAACCAGCGGCCACCACCUCCAGCUGUCUCCUUGCCUUGCACCAGGUCUUACCCUUCCAGUAUGUUCCUUCUGAUGAGACAAUUUCCAGUGCCGAGAGUUUCAGUACAAUGUGGAAAUGGAUACUGACACAUUGUGCCUCAGCCUUUCCCCACCUGCCCGGCUGCUGCUGCUGCUUCUUGUUGCUGCUCUUGGUGUCUUCCGUCCCUGUCACCUGCCAAGCCCUUGGUCAGGACAUGGUGUCACCAGAGGCCACCAACUCCUCUUCUUCCUCUUCCUCCUCGUCCUUCUCGUCUCCCUCCAGUGCUGGGAGACAUGUGCGGAGCUACAAUCACCUCCAAGGAGAUGUCCGCUGGAGAAAGCUAUUCUCUUUCACCAAGUACUUUCUCAAGAUUGAGAAGAACGGGAAGGUCAGCGGUACCAAGAAGGAGAACUGCCCGUACAGUAUCCUGGAGAUAACAUCAGUGGAAAUUGGAGUUGUUGCCGUCAAAGCUAUUAACAGCAACUAUUAUUUAGCCAUGAACAAGAAGGGGAAACUCUAUGGCUCAAAAGAAUUUAACAAUGACUGUAAGCUGAAGGAGAGGAUAGAGGAAAAUGGAUACAAUACCUAUGCAUCCUUUAACUGGCAGCACAACGGGAGGCAAAUGUAUGUGGCACUGAAUGGAAAAGGAGCUCCAAGGAGAGGACAGAGAACACGAAGGAAAAACACCUCAGCCCACUUUCUUCCAAUGGUGGUACACUCGUAGAGGAAGGCAACGCUUAUGGAUGCGGUAGAACCAAAGGCUCUUUUGUCAGGAAUAGUUGGUAAUCUUCACGAAGACAGUAGCUCAAAAGGCAAAGACAUGUGGCAGAUGUCUGCUC